AUGCUCUUUCAUUUGCUGCUCUCAAAAAAUUUAAAGAUCAGAUCCGACAGAUCUUCUUGGCAUUCUCGGGAACCGUUAAUUCCACUCCUAGAUUGCAAAGUCACGGGAACUGGACAAAAGUAUCCUUACAUGUAUAAAACUUUAUUCAAGUUCACCGAGGGUCACAUGGCAUACUCCGGUCUGAGUUAUUGA